AUGGUCAGACGAGCAUUGGAAAAAAUUCAGGAGCCUGUUAUGCUUCCUACUGAAGAAAUGGCACAGAAGAAAAUAAAAUUGAGAUUGAUUGAUUUUGAUGCGGAAAUUGCCAAACUAAAUUUACAGAGUCUCGAAAGUAGUCGUCGAAUACUGAAAGACCUCGACGAGAUGAAUGCCGAUGGUGUGCACACACUUGCAGCAUUAGAAGAUCAGGAUGAACAACUUGAUAAAAUCGAGGAGAAUUUGAGCCGAGUGAAUGAAGAUUUGAACAUUGUCUCGGAGAGUGUUCGAAAUAUGAACAAAUGUUGCGGUUGUAAAAUAAUGAGAAUUUUAUGUUUUCCAUUUAACCGAUUUCGAAAGAGAGAGCGUGAUAUUAUCAAGGAUGAAAUCAUGGAAAACUUGAAAACAUCAAGUCCGCCUAAAGAGGGGUCACCCGUCAUUUUUCGAAACUCCAGCAAAAGAAGAGAGUCGGGCGGUGAAUUCAUCAAAAGAUUGACAUGUGAUGCAAUUGAAGACGAGCUUGAGAAAAAUAUGAUGCAAGUUGAUGAGCAUCUUGAAUCCAUCAAGAAUCUAGCAGUGGAUCUUCAUGUUCAGCUCAAAAUCCAGGAGCCAAAGCUUGAUAGAAUCGAGGAGCUGACGGAAACCAACGAUUUCGUGGUAGAGGGUGUCAACGAUAAAGUCAAAAAAUUGCUCGAGUGA